AUGCCCCGCCAGCACGCGGGCGGCGAGGAGGGCGGCGCCGCCGGGCUCUGGGUGAGGAGCGGCGCGCCGGCGGCGGCGGCGGCGGGCGGGGGGCGCACGGGCGGCGGCAUGAAGGAUGUGGAGUCGGGCCGGGCUAGGGCGCUGCUGAACUCGGCGGCCGCCGGCGGCGACGGGCUGCUGCUGCUGGGCACCCGCGCGGCGGCGCUGGGUGGCGGCGGCCUGCGGGAGAGCCGGCGGGGCAAGCAGGGCGCCCGGAUGAGCCUGCUCGGGAAGCCGCUCUCCUACACCAGCGGCCAAAGCUGCCGGCGCAACGUCAAGUACCGGCGGCUGCAGAACUACCUGUACAACGUGCUGGAGAGGCCCCGCGGCUGGGCGUUCGUCUACCACGCGUUCGUUUUUCUCCUCGUCUUUGGUUGCUUGAUUUUGUCAGUGUUUUCCACCAUCCCUGAGCACACCAAAUUGGCUUCAAGUUGCCUCUUGAUUCUGGAAUUCGUGAUGAUCGUCGUCUUUGGUUUGGAGUUCAUCAUUCGAAUCUGGUCUGCAGGCUGCUGCUGCCGGUACCGCGGAUGGCAGGGAAGACUGAGAUUCGCUCGAAAGCCCUUCUGUGUCAUAGAUACCAUUGUCCUCAUCGCCUCCAUAGCGGUCGUUUCUGCCAAAACUCAGGGUAACAUCUUCGCCACGUCGGCACUGCGCAGCCUGCGCUUCCUGCAGAUCCUGCGCAUGGUGCGUAUGGACCGGCGCGGCGGCACCUGGAAGCUGCUGGGCUCCGUGGUCUACGCGCACAGCAAGGAAUUAAUCACAGCUUGGUACAUAGGAUUUUUGGUUCUGAUUUUUUCGUCUUUCCUUGUCUAUCUGGUGGAAAAGGAUGCUAAUAAGGAGUUUUCUACAUACGCAGAUGCUCUCUGGUGGGGCACGAUAACAUUGACCACGAUCGGUUAUGGAGACAAAACCCCCCUGACGUGGCUGGGAAGGCUGCUGUCAGCAGGCUUCGCACUCCUGGGCAUUUCUUUUUUUGCACUUCCUGCUGGCAUUCUUGGCUCAGGUUUUGCAUUAAAAGUACAAGAACAGCACCGCCAGAAACAUUUUGAGAAAAGACGGAACCCAGCUGCCAACCUCAUUCAGUGCGUUUGGCGUAGUUACGCAGCCGAUGAGAAAUCUGUCUCCGUUGCAACCUGGAAGCCGCACCUGAAGGCCUUGCACACCUGCAGCCCCACCAAUCAGGUCUGUAGUCAUAAGCAGAAGCUCUUCAGAAUACACACCUCAUGGAAGCAGAGCCAGAAGCUCAGCUUUAAGGAGCGCGUGCGCAUGGCCAGCCCUCGGGGCCAGAGUGUCAAGAGCAGGCAGGCGUCGCUGGGCGACAGGCGGUCCCCCAGCACGGACAUCACGGCUGAGGGCAGCCCCACCAAAGUGCAGAAGAGCUGGAGCUUCAACGACCGCACGCGUUUCCGGCCCUCCCUGCGCCUGAAGAGCUCACAGCCCAAGCCAGUGGUGGACGCUGACACAGCACUUGGCACCGAUGAUGUGUACGAUGACAAAGGAUGCCAGUGCGACGUGUCCGUGGAGGACCUCACCCCACCGCUGAAAACCGUCAUUCGAGCAAUCAGAAUUAUGAAGUUUCAUGUUGCAAAACGGAAGUUUAAGGAAACACUGCGCCCAUACGAUGUAAAAGAUGUCAUCGAACAAUACUCUGCUGGUCACCUGGACAUGCUGUGCAGGAUUAAAAGCCUGCAGACACGUGUGGAUCAAAUUCUUGGAAAAGGACAAAUCACGUCAGACAAGAAGAGCAGAGAGAAAAUAACCGCAGAACACGAGGCCACGGACGACCUCAGUAUGCUCGGCCGGGUGGUCAAAGUUGAAAAACAGGUCCAGUCCAUCGAGGCCAAGCUGGACUGCCUGCUGGACAUCUACCAGCAGGUGCUGCGGAAAGGCUCAGCUCCGACCCUCGCGCUGGCCCCCUUCCCGAGCCCGCCCUUCGAAUGUGAACAGACGUCGGACUACCAGAGCCCGGGCGACGGCCGGGACCUGUCGGGCCCUGCGCCGGGCGGCGGCCUCCCGCGCUCGGCCAGCGCGGGCCUGGCGCGGGGCCUGCAGCUCAUCCUGGCGCCGGGCGAACUGGGCGCCCAGGCGCUCUACGCGUUCAGCCCCGCGCCGACGCCGGCGCCCGGGAGCCCGGGAGACGGCCCGGCGGCCCCGCGCGGCCUGGCGCCCCCAGCGGCGAUGGGCGCGGCCCGGCCGGCGGCCCCCGCCACCCUGCAGAUCCCGGCCGCGCUGCCGGUGCUCGGGCCGCUGCCCCACGGCCCCGCCGGAGCCCCGGAGGCGCUCCCCGAGCUCAGCGCCCGCCUGGCGGCCGCCAAGGACCGCCUCCCGGCCAAGGAGCGCUCCCUGCGCCAGAGCCUGGACCUGGGCGGGGCGGCCCUGCUGUCGGUCCGGCCCGCGGUGCCCCAGGACCCGGGCCGCUCGGUGUCGGCGCAGAACCUGGCCCGGUCCACCGAGGACCUGGACGUGCAGCUGUCGGGGAGCGAGUCCAGCGGCUCCAGGGGCAGCCAAGAGUUUUACCCCAAGUGGCGGGAAUCCAAGUUGUUUAUCAGUGAUGAAGAGGCGGCGGGUCCGGAGGACACUGGGACAGACGCCUUGGACGCGGUGCCACCGGCCCGGGAGCCCGCCCCGGCGCCGGACUCUCUCAGGACUGGACGGUCGCGAUCAUCUCAGAGCUCAUGUCCGGCGGCGGGGGGUGCCGACGCCCUGGGCCGGCCACACGUGAGGCUGAAAUGAGGCCUCCGAUUGCCCCCCACCCCCGGGCCCGGCCGCCCCUUAGCCAUACACAUCGCUGCAUGAACUCUCUGGAAAGCCCUUCUCAAAGGUUGAACCCACAAAAAUCAGGAAGUACAUGAAAGGCAGUUCCUAAGCCUGUUAUCUUUCAAUUGCAUGAAAAUGCAUGUUUAGGGGAUGCUGAACUUCAGGGUACGACAUUGCCCCUCACUCAGUAAGGUACCUUGAGUUAAGAAUCCCGAGACACCGACCCUGCUCAUGCUGCAGGGGUGGUUGUGAAACGUCAAAGUCAGCUCCUUUAGAAGAUCGAACUCUGUGUUUUGAAAUGAUGGCUGUUGACGCCUUCAAAUGUCAGGCAUUUCUGCUGGUGAUAAAACGCAGCAUUCAUUUUCAAAAUUUGGCCAUAAUGUACACGUGACACAGUGACCGUCAUCAACAGCUGCUAACAAGUUACCCGUAACACAGAAUCGGGGUAUCAGACAUGGCUGCCUGUUCAAGGUGUAGAUGCCAACCUGUCCUACCCAGCCAUUUUAUCACUAAUGUAAUUUGAAUGUCAAUUUGUGUGCUUUGGUGACUUAACGCUGUGGCCAGCAAUUUUGCACAUCAUUUUCAUGGUUUUUUUUGUUUGUUUGUUUUUAUGACAAGAAUGUUCUUCAGUUAGAAAAUGUGCAAGUAAUGAAAUUCAGGGCCAGUGGGGUGAAUAGGCUGACUCUUUGACACCUUUGACUUCAUGGAAACAAAUUCCCUGACGGCUCUAUCAGCUGCUACGCAAAGCAACUGAGUCCCAAGGAGUGGAUGGCACAUGGGGGUGGGCUGACCCCUGUGCAGUGGCCCUGCCCAGGCCUGCAAGCUGCCUACAGGGGCUCUUCCCACGAAGCUGAAAGCCAGGCAGGCUCUCGGGGAGGAGACAUGAGACAGAGAUGGAAAUGGCUCAGAAAGAAUCCUAACACCGGGAAAUCAGUGAUGCUCAAGAAAAUGACCUCCUCCUCUAGGGUGACGAGAGGGAGGGAAACAAACCAAAAGAAAAGAACUUGAUUUUUUUAAAAAACGAAUAUUGUUAGGGAAUUCAACUACCUAAACACCCCUUAUUCUUAUAUAUGAGCAGAGAGUUUUGCAAGGUAUUUAUUUUUUAAUAUGCCCUGAAUGUGUUUUGCUAUCAUGUCAUACAUUUUGCAUAUGAAAGGCUAAAACUAAACCUCCUUUACUUUUUA